AGCGCCGAAGAAGAAACUCAAUUCAGUGGGCGGCACCAAGCACAAGCAUCUAAUGAUGGGAAAGGCUGAAAUAGUUAUAUUUUUUGUGUCCAAACAAUAUUUAUUUCAUAUCGUAAGGCAAGAAAAGUCGAAAGGUGUAAUUUGUGAACAUGAGUUCGUUCGCAGGUCGAAUGAAGGAAUAUCCGAGCAUUUCUCUGGAUUGUUUCGACAGGGAGAAUCUACAUGCCCGGGCGUAUUUUCUGUCCCACUGUCACAAAGAUCAUAUGAAAGGACUGAAGGGACCACUGCUGAAGAGGAAGCUGCAGUUUAGUCGUACAGUCAGACUUUACUGUUCUUUCGUCACCAAAGAACUUCUGCUGAGUCACCAUAAAUACCAGUUUUGGGAAGAAUACAUCGUUGCAUUGGAGCUGGAAAGUCCAACUCAGAUCUCUUUAGUGGACGAAGCAACGGGAGAGAAAGAAGAUGUGGUCGUGACGUUACUUCCUGCAGGGCAUUGUCCAGGAUCUGUGAUGUUCCUGUUUGAAGGUUCUCAGGGGAACGUUCUCUACACUGGAGACUUCAGGUUCUCUGUUGGAGACGUGUCUAGAAUGGAGCAUCUUCACUCUGGCAGCAGAGUCAAAGACAUUCAGAGCAUUUAUCUGGACUCCACUUUCUACGACCCUCGCUUCUAUCAAAUCCCCACACGGGAAGUGUGUCUGAACGGUAUCUCAGAGCUGGUAGGAAACUGGAUCAGUCAGAGUUCGCGUCACGUGGUUUGGUUAAACUGCAAAGCCGCCUAUGGAUAUGAGUAUCUGUUCACUAAACUAGGAGAGCAGUUUCACACACAGAUCCAUGUCAACAAUCUGUCCAUGUUCAUGAAGAUGCCUGAGAUCCUUAGCUUUGUGACCACGGACCGCAAGACGCAGAUUCAUGCCUGUCGACACCCAAGGGAUGAAGAGUUUUUUCAGGGCAACCGUUUGCCGUGUGGCCGUUCUGCAGAGGAUGGUUCACCCCUACAUAUUAUCAGCAUCAAACCGUCAACCAUGUGGUUUGGAGAGAGAAGUAAGAAAACCAACGUAAUCAUCAAGACCGGCGUCAGUUCCUUCAGGGCAUGUUUCAGUUUUCACUCCUCCUACUCAGAGCUGAAAGAUUUUCUGUGCUAUCUUCGGCCCGUAAACAUUUAUCCCAGUGUUGUUCCUAUGGGUCGGACUCUGACUGAAGUCACAAAGAUGUUGCAGCUGAUGAGCAGAAAACAAACGGACCCUUCGGCCUUUGUUUACAAACCUCUGGGAGUUUUGAAACGCAGCAGGGCGGAGCCAGUGAGUUACGAUUCAGGCAGUGAAGAUGAGCUGUUUGAUGAUCUUCACCUGACACCAAUCAGAAAGAAGAUAGGCCUCAAACAGGAAGUAAACGAUGGAAAAAUCUGCAUUAGUGAGAGAACAGCACCCCCUUUUGGUGUAAAGCGUACUUUACUUCAAACUAAUAUGGGUACUAAUAAUGAUAGCCCGUCUGCUGUUUGCAACUUUAUUGACUGCACCGAGUCCAAUGACGAAGAGGAUGAGGAAGAGGAGGAGGGGAAGGGGAAGGUGGACGAACAAGAGGAGAAAGACCAAAAGCACGAGGAAAACCAUGAGAAAAGAACUAUGGUUAAGAAAGAAACUAUAAAAGAAGGACAGGGGCGACAGGGAGAGGUGGAGGAGGAGAGAAAAGAAACUCCAAGAUGGGAGGAUUUCUUUAACCCGGUAACUUUGAGUGACAGCCAGAACAGCCACUCACAGCUAUCGCUCUCAGGCAUCGAGAGCGUGGACGCAAUGAACCAGCGUGUGUCCAAGUCCGGAUCUGUCCUGCUGUAA